CAGGAAACAGAGAAGAAAAAUAUACAACAGAGGGAGGAACAUAAAAUAAGAUACAUAAAUAUAUUGAAUCGCGACAAGGUACCGAAUAACAUCCCGCAGCUUGUCUUCAAGGUCAACGAAUCCGCUAAGUGUCUUAUGCUUCUUAAUCAGACAAGUGAGUAUACGAAGCACUCCUAAAAAAUGCUUAUAAAUGGGUUUUCUAGGACGAUGAGGCCGUGGUGUGCGCACACCUGUAGGUCGCCUAUGCCACUGCAGCUACUACACACUCGAACAUACCAUGCAACAAGCACUGUAUUGGGACGGAGAGGUAGACUGUAUAAAAACAAAAUUGAUAGAACAUCGAAAGGUAUUACGCCAGAGAGAUAUGACGCAGCUCGAAUCGAUACAGUCAGGAAGAAUGUCGGUACCUUUGAGGAUCCACUCAUACGGGAAAAGUUGGACGAGAAGUUGGAUGUCGACAAGAAUGAUUGGGAGUCAUUUGGGCGUGUAGCGACUGUUAUAAAUAGCAAAGGAAAGCUGAUUUUUGAUGCGGAAAGCGAUAAGCCCACAGAACUUCCUGAUUUUCAAAAUGCUACAGACCCAGAGGCAGCAAUCAAGAAAGAAAUGUAUAAACGCAGUCAUUUCGUGAGGCUGGGUGACCACGACGACGACGAUAACGAUUCCAUCGUUAUCGAUGUGCCCAGUGUGGAGGCAGAAAUGCUGUAUGCAGAUAUGGAUAAACUCAAGAGACCUGACAUGGGAUUUGUAUCACACGCGCACAUAACGCGAUUUGCUGAGCGAUCAAAGGACUUCAUCACACCAUGGAAACUGCCAGCAAUUGAGAAUGUGGUGCGAAUUUCCUAUAGGAAUAAUAUAAGCGCAGCGAAGGAGACUCACAAGGUCGAAAGGAAAGUCGUUCUCGAGGUGCGAGCAGCUGAUUUGCCGUUGACAGAAGUGGGUAUCGCCACUAUGGCUGCACUAACUGGUCCGAGGUACAACAAGGACAAGAAAGUAUUGAAACUAACUUCAGUCCGAUUUGACAAUAGAGAGGAGAACAAGGCAUACCUCUUGGCUUUGUUGGAGAAAAUUGUGAGAGCGUCUCAGAAUGAGGAGACACAGGCUUUGGUUGAGUACUAGCUGCCCCUGGAACCCAUUUCCAUACGGAUCGUACUGCUACAAACAUGAAAAUGCCAAUAAAGAAUUUAUUUCUAAUUGCCAA